AUGGCGUAACUCGCUGGAGGAGGUUAAUGACGUUCAUUCAUUCGCCUUUCAGAGGAGGAGCAGCCGUCGUUUUUGGCCGUCGCUGCUCUUCCGGCGCCGCCUGGCGGCGAGCACGCGCCCUGCGGCAGUGACAGCGAGGCCUGCAUCUUCCCGGGGGUCCUGUGGAGCCUGCAGUCCAUGGAGCUGCAGCUUCGGUUCCUCAUGAGCAAAGCGGAUGACCUGCACAACUUGCUUUUCGACAGUCAGCAUCAGCUGACGAGGGAGGCGCUUGCGGCUGAGGUGCGAAUCUUCCUGUACACCUGUGAGCAGUUCUUCAACGUCCUGGAAUCCACAAUCCACGCCUCCCAGAACACACUUCUGCCCUUUGCCUUUGAAAUCAAUUCUCGGCGUGUACAGCGGUUGGACUUCUCUCAGCAGCUGUGUGACAGGUUGGAGCAACUGCUGUUGACCUACGCCAGCUGUAAUGUCCUCUGUUUGGACGAGACCAACCCGAUCAGCUUGUCUCACUUCUGCAUCGGUCAGAGUCAGCUCGGCGCCCUGAGGGUGAAGGCGUUCCGCUACUGUAAGCCCACGCCGUACCUGGCUCGACUCGACACCGGCCUCUACAAGCGCAUGCGCUGGAACGUGGAGCGGCACAGAGACGAGUACGGCGAGGGACAGAUCGUCUGCGACACGGAGUAUUACUUCCUGUGCUACGAGGACAUUCCCAACAGGCACGCCGAUGCAGGCCGGGACCACGAUGGCGUCUCCCACAGCAACGUGGUGAGGAUGUGGUCCAUUGGUCAGUGGCAGCAGGUGACCCCCGAAACAGAUGACAUCGAUCACUGGGUUCUAUGCGAGGUCCCUCAGGCCAACUACCACAAGCUGUUGUACUUCGGCAGUGAGGAGCCGUCGAGCUGCAGCGGCACAGAGCACCUGCAGCAGCUGCUGUCCCACCAGGCGGCAAAGUGACGGCCGCCUCCGUCACACGUACAUCCGUCUCCGGGCCGCGGCGAGUUUCAAUCCCACAGGACGUCAAUGCGUCGUUUAUCAGAACAUCUGGAUGCCAAGUUGAACUCGCAUGACUGAUGCAUUCUGGGACUGUUGACCAGCGUUUGCCAAAGUAAUGGUUUUAUUACGUUCGCUGUUCAGUGUGGAGAAUAUUUUUAAAACAGAUUGUAGAUAUUUUUUAGGUUUUUAAAAAGUUUCCAAAUAUCUAAAUCUUUCGUUGUGUUGUAAAGUGCAGAAAAGUUAUUAAAAAAAACAUUUUAUUCACAUGAAACAUUGCAUUGAAAUAAUUACACACAAUCACAGACUUGUCGUUUAGAGGAAAUGCAGAGAACUUUACAAUUUAAAACAAGCUGCCAUGAUUUUAGGCUCCUCAAGCGUGGCCCCAUUUACUUUAACAGGUUCAUCAGCUCAUUUUCCAUUUGCUCAAGAAACCUCACCUUAGUUCACAAUAAAUUAAUAUUUAAAAAUUGUGAGAUUUCAUAUCUUUGAGUCAAGGUAACAAGUGAAGUGUGUUGGACCACAUCAUCAGCUCAUUUUCACCCAAACUGAAGAAGACUAACUUUCUUGACGGGUAAAACCGUAACAUUUACAACAAACAUCCUUCAUUCAUAUAAAAUCUAUGUACUCUUAAAGGGCUGCUAUACGUAUACAUCUCUAAAGUACAAAAUUAAAGUGGAAUUUUCCUUCAUUACAGUGAACAGUCUUGACGCCAUUUACGCAC